UCUUGGUCGUCGACUAUAAAGAAUAUAAAAUAAGAUGCCACUAAAUUACGAUAAAUGGGCUAAUUUAGAGCUCAGUGACGAUUCUGAUAUUGAAGUACACCCAAAUGUAGAUAAAAAAUCAUUCAUAAAAUGGAAACAACAAGACAUACAUCAGAAGAGAGAAGCUCGUAAAGCACAACUAGUCAAGUUGAACCAUGAGUUGGAAAUUAAUUCAACACUUCUACCACGUGUUACAAAAAUCAGAAAGGGCGUAGAUCAAUCCGGUCCAGAGGUUUUUAGCGGUGAAGUUGCGAGAUUAGGUAGUCAACCUUCAAAUGAGAAGCCAAAUACAGGUGCAGAUAAUCAACCUACAUAUGACGAAAUGAUGCAAAACCUCUUCAUACAAAUUUGGGAGAAGGCUAGAGAGCACCUUGAUAACAAAGACUUAUUAUCUAAAACCUUGGUUGAGGAACUACAGAAAACAGAGGAUAAAGUUACUGCAAGAAAUGAGGACAUUAAAAAAGAAAUCUCAGUUAUUGAAGAAGAGGAGAGUCAGAAGAUUACGAGCGAGGGUAUCAGAACUGGUUUUGAUAGCAGUCAUGUCAACAAGAUAACAGACACAAAACCACAACAACCACAGAAAGAAACAGAAAAGUCUAUUGAGGUACUCAACCCUGGUGCUUCAAAGCCAAAGAAAGACGACGACGAUUUACCUGAUUUAACAACAUCUAUGAAACGCCUUGCUGAGGUUCCUCUCCGUCAAUACAGAGGUAUGGUCGAUAUAAUCAGCCACGAUAAGGCACUCCUCGCCGAUGAGACUACAGAUGCACUUUUUGUAGAGGCCUUCAACGCCGGGAUGGAAAACAAGGCGGAUUACGCUUUGAAGUGUGUCAACGCUGGUCUUUUUGUCCAAUAUUGCAACAAACUUGGUAGAGACGGUGUUAGUCUUUUCAUCCAACGUCUCACACAGUCGAAAGAAGCUGAAACAGUAUUCCUUAAGGAUGUAAAUGACACUCACGCCCGUAUAAUGGAAAGAAGUAAAGUUUUGGCAUCCCAACAAUCUUCAAAUGAGGGUGAGAAGGAACAGAUUCAACUCAUGACUGAAGGUGACACAGAGAUUACUUUCGAUGUACCAGAAGGACCUGCACCAGAGAAGAUUGUUCUCGAGGGAGAUGCUAAACUCCAACAACUCGAUCCAGAAGUUGUUAAAGAAUGGCUCAACCAGAGAUGGGAAAUAUUCGAGUCGUUCGAUAACGAUUUCCAAAUGGCACUCAAGAGCGGUAAACUUGAUAUCGUUAAUGCAUAUCUUGGUAAUCAACCAGUCAGCAAAGCAGAGAAAAUCGUUCAAGAUCUCGACAGAGCAGGUAUAUUAAACUUUAGUUCAACAGAGAUUAGAGACGAAACAAAGUAGAAAAUGAAUUUUUCAUCUUAUUUUGUAAAUAUGUAAUUCUUCUCUUCUUUUGUUAGAAUAAUGACUUCGAAAGCUAGAAAUCUAUUGGGUUUCUUUAAGAAUCAAAAGUUUAAACAAAAUGAAUUUGGAACUUUAAAAACGUUAUUUCAUCCUUUAAAUGAGUCACCUAUACCUUCCUUACGUGCGUUAGGCGAGAGAAUAUCGAAUAAAGGGAAGUGUCCUAUAGAAGGUGUAGGGCCUUUGAAAUACUAUUGUCCUAUAUCUGGAUAUCCAACCCAUUCAAGUAAAGAAGCCUAUGAAAAAGAUAGCCAUCAUCGCAAUACAUACGCUACCAGACUGAGGGAAGUAAACGAGGACGAACAUGAUCUCAGAAGUGGGAGAGAAAUGAAAGAGUUUGAAAUGCCAGGUUUGCAGGAUAUAGAGCAGACUGUGAAUCUUAAGAGCUGGGAAAUGCUCUUUUAUACCCGCAAUUUCAACAGUGUAGACAAUCUCCGCUCUCAGAGACAUCUUAGUCGGCUGCUUAGUUAUCCAAUGACUAUCGCUGGUAUACUUCAUGAGUUAGGCCCAUAUGCUGAUAGAGCAGGCGGUAGGGUCACCCCACACGGUGAAAGAUCGCUUUUAGCUCUGCGAUACAUGCUUCACAAGCAACCUCUUCCAUAUUCUCCUCCAACACCCCCAAUCAGAAUUUUCAUUCCAGGCGCCAGAGCAGAAUCUCAACUUCCAUCAUCAGUUUGGAUGCAACUCGCUCAUUUAUUCCCAUACGCACGCUUCCAGAUCUACUUCGUCGGUCCUGAAGUCGUUGCUGAUGAAGUUGUCUCGCCAUAUGGUGUCAAAGGAUGGCAAAAAGUGGUAGACACACAGUUAACAUUGAAUGGAAUACAGGCAAAUUGGGAGCAAAUACAUGAUACAUUCUUCCCAUUUGAUCCUUUCACUGAUAUCUUCUUUAAUUUCCAUCCAGGUUUAGGAUUCCCAUCCAUGUUACCAGAAAGUAUUCGUCCAUCAGAGGGCUUAUCGGAUAGUCGUAACGAGUUAGUUAAUUAUAGACAAUACACACCACAAGUUGAUGCCGAAUGGGCUAAGGCUCUUGACAAGAUGCUUGAAACAAAGUGUCCAAUUAUUUUAACAGCAUUUAGUCCAUCUGACAUGAAACGCGAUUUCGAUGCACUUUUACACUCCGAGGCAAUCACUCAAGAAUGGGAGAGCGUUGUCGAACCAGGUGACAACGUUUUUGGUAGCCAACGUUGGGAAGUCGCAGAAUUUGACACUCGUGUAAUGAUCAAGAGCAAUUGGGGUCUUUGGGGUAUUAGAGGUCGUAGAUUUGAUCUUCAAAAUGUUAGCUAUGAUGAUUAAGCUUUAUUUAUUCAUUGAAUGCAC